AUGUCGAAAGUAACAGUACAGGACAUAGAAGCUGUGGAUGAUUAUUGGGGACCUACUUUUCGCUCCAUACUGGAAGGUAACAAUACGGAGGCGUUGUCAGAACAGUUGGAGCAGCGCAUUCGCAGCCAUGAUAAGGAUAUAGAACGUAUAUGCAAUCUAUAUUAUCAAGGAUUCAUAGAUUCAAUACAGGAACUACUACAAGUACGCUCACAAGCUAAGCAAUUACACGAAGAAGUUCACACAUUGGAUAGAUCUCUACAACAAAUUAGUGCGUCGGUUUUACAACAAGGACAAGAUUUAGUGCGCGCUCGUCAAAUCGAAUCCAAUUUAGCUAGUGCUAUCGACGCACUUCAAGCUUGCCUACCGGCACUUGAAUGUUACAUCAAGUUUACCCAACAAGCUAAUAAUAAGCAGUAUUAUCAAUCUCUUCGUACCCUGGAAACUUUGGAAUCACAACACCUAGUUGGAUUAAAUAAUUAUCGUUUUGCGGCGCAAAUUCGACAGUCCAUACCAGUUAUUAAAGAGAAUAUAAGGCGAUCUGCCGAAGCAGAUUUUCGUGAAUUUCUUGAAAAUAUACGAAAAUUUUCACCUAAAAUUGGUGAAGUGGCUAUAACCCAUACAAAAAAGUUGCAGAAACUCGACAUAAAUGCGAUUAUUGAAGAGCAUAAGCUACGCCGCCAACAGGAAAAUCGCGAUGAGGAGAAUGACUUAAGUGCACAAGAUCUUAUUGACUUCUCACCCAUAUAUCGUUGCUUACAUAUUUACAUGGUGUUAGGGCAACGUGAGUAUUUUGAAAAGGAUUAUCGACAGCAGCGUCGAGAUCAAUCAAAGCUGGUGCUGCAACCUCCACCGGGAAUGCACGAUAAUUUAGAAGCAUACAAAACAUAUAUCUGUGCAAUUGUUGGUUUUUUCAUCGUGGAAGAUCAUGUAAAAAAUACAGCUGGUGACGUUGUAACCAGCUCGUACUUAGAAGAUUUGUGGUCCACCUCUCUUACGAAGUUCGUAAACGAAAUUAGCAUGUCAUCAUCUUCUUGUACAGAUCCAAAUAUUUUGCUGCGCAUAAAAAAUUUAAUUAUGCUUUCCAUAAACACUUUUAAGUGUUACGGCUACACUGUAAACAUGCUAUUCGAGUGCCUUCACAAUAUGCGAGAUCAUUAUAAUGAGGUAUUGCUUCAACGUUGGGUACAUGUUUUUCGCGACAUACUAGACAAAGAACAAUUUCAACCCAUGAUUGUUGAAAACCAAGAGGAAUACGAAUCUAUUAUUGAACGCUUCCCAUUCCAUUCGGAACAAUUGGAAAACGCAGCGUUUCCAAAAAAAUUCCCUUUUUCGCGUAUGGUGCCAGAGGUGUAUCAUCAGGCGAAGGAAUUCAUGUACGCGUGUAUGAAAUUCGCCGAAGAGCUUACACUUUCACCAAAUGAAGUGGCUGCAAUGGUUCGCAAGGCAGCCAAUUUGUUGUUGACACGCAGCUUCAGUGGUUGCCUUUCUAUGGUUUUUCGUAAUCCAAGUGUCGCACUGCCACAAUUGAUUCAAAUCAUCGUUGAUACGCAGUACUUGGAAAAAGCAGGACCAUUUUUGGAUGAGUUCGUUUGUCACAUGACAAACACAGUAAGCAACAUUUCACAAACACCCUCAGCUAUGUUUCAUGUGGCACGUCAAGAAGCCGAAAAACAAGUUGGCGUACGCAUUUGCUCCAAAAUAGAUGAAUUCUUUGAUUUAGCAGCAUACGAUUGGCUACUCAUCGAACCACCAGGCAUAGCAUCAGCUUAUAUUACUGAUAUGAUUUCAUAUCUAAAGAGUACCUUUGACAAUUUUGCUUUCAAAUUGCCAGGCAUUGCACAAACCGCUUGUCGCCGAACGUGUGAGCACAUUGCAAAUAAAAUCUACGACAUACUCUUCGAUGAAGAAGUGAAACAAAUUUCAACUGGAGCCUUACAACAAAUCAAUUUGGAUCUUUUGCAGUGCGAGUUUUUUGCCGCGUCAGAACCAGUGCCUGGAUUACGUGAAGGUGAACUUUCUAAAUAUUUUCUCAAAAAUCGACAACUAUUGGAUCUACUCAUAAUGGAGGAAUGGAGCACGUAUUUGCAUGAUUAUGGCAAACAAGAAAACCGCUACCAUUUAGUGCAUCCACAAACGAUUAUCGUUAUUUUAGAAAAAAUACGGGAAGCGGACAAGAAAACGAUGUUCUCAGUUCUACGUAAAAACGACAAAAAGAAACUAUUGGACACAGUCCUGAAGCAAUUGAAACACUUAAAUGAACGUCAGAAUUAGGUGCAGAAUGUUAAAAGACAUCUAUAUAACUAUAUAUUUUGGUAACUUCUUUAAUACUCUUUUGCAGGCAUUAGUAGAAAGUUAGUAGAUUUUAAAUAGGCCCGUUCUUAACAAACAGACAAACUAUUAAUUUGGUGUAUGUAAAAUUGUAUUGGAUUGUAUUUAUGUUUGAAUGGGCAUCAUAUUUUUAAAUAAUUUUAAGAGUUCUUUAUGAUACCAAUUCGCUUUAAUUUUAUUUUUACGUUUAAUAUAUAAAAGAAUUGCAACUUUGUUUACAUUUCAAUAUUUGAUAGACGCGUCGUAAUUAUGAUUCACCAGGAAAAAAAAAAAUUGCAUCGUUGAGUUAAACUUUUUUUAUGUAAUAUAUACAAAUUAUUUGCAUUAAUUCAUAAUAAUAAAUGAUUUAUUAUUAUAACCGCAUAUUUAUGCUAAAUUAUUUUGUUUUUAUAUAUUUGGAUUAUUGUUGCAGUUAAUCGCCUGUUUAGAGAAUAAAUAAGCAUUCGUACACUUGCAGUAAAACCACGUGUAUUCUGUUAUUCAAAUUUAU